AUGGCUUUAAACUCCGUCGAUAUAUUUCUCGGUAGACCACGAAAUGUGUUGGUAUUUUUCGGUUUUUGGUUACCACCAAAGAAAAAUGCACUUCUUCAUACCCUGUAUAAAAUUGCGGUGAUGCUGACGCAAUACUCCUUCAUACUUUUCGAGGUUAUUUACGUUGUGGUGGUUUGGGGAGACCUGGAUGAGGUAUCGGAGGCUUCGUACCUGUUGUUUACUCAGGCCUCAGUAUGUUACAAGGUUACCAUUUUUAUCGCUAAUAAGAAACAGCUGAAAUAUUUGUUGGAUUUUAUGAAGCUGGAUAUAUUCGAUCCUCAGACUCCGGAUCAUGAUAAAGUUAUAUUCACGAAUGCAAGAAGAAUAAAGAGAUUGUGUGCAAUGUUCCUGACCGCCGCAUUAGUUACUGUCAGCCUUUGGGCUAUCAUGCCGCUGUUUGAUAAGGCAGAAUCAAGAUAUUUUCCGUUCAAGAUUUGGAUGCCUGUAGACGCCCAGGAUUCGCCUCAUUACGAGCUAGGGUACAUCUAUCAGAUAAUGAGUAUCUACUGUAGCGCCCUGCUAUUUUUCGCAGUCGACAGCACGAUUUUGUCGAUGGUGAUGUUUGGAUGUGCCCAAUUAGAAAUUAUUAUCGAUAAGAUACAAAAGGUAAAAAGCACGCCACUAUCUGCAAAAUUGCGGCAAGAGGAAUACAAGGAAGCGAUUGGAAAAAACAAUGAAUUGUUAAAAGAAUGCCUCCGCCAACACCAAGCUGUUAUAAGGUUUAUAGAAAUGCUGGAGAAUACAUAUCACGCCAAUAUAUGCUUCCAGCUUUGCGGUACAGUUGGCAUCAUCUGCAUUGUAGGACUACGAAUAACCAUUACUGAACCUGAAAGCGUCCAAUUCUACUCGAUGCUGAACUACAUGCUCACUAUGCUGUCGCAGCUCUUCCUCUACUGCUGGUGCGGGAAUGAGCUCACUACUAAAAGUCAAGAUUUACGCGAAUGGCUGUACCAAUGUCCGUGGUACGAGCAAGACGGCAAGUUCCGAAAAUCGUUAUUCACAGCCAUGGAGCGUAUGAAGAGACCCAUCAUUCUGAAAGCUGGGCAUUACAUUCCACUUUCGAGACCUACUUUUGUUUCAAUCUUAAGAUCGUCUUAUUCCUACUUCGCAGUGCUGAAUCAAGCUAAAAAUAAAUAA